UGUCGUUUAGACAAUUAAACACCCGUAAAACUGUGUCUGCUCAUUGAAAGCUCAGGAUUACUGCAAAGAGAAGAAUGGAGAUGAGUGAGGAGAUUUAUGCAAAUGUAGAUGUUACAGAAGACAAUCAAGUGGAUUCCAGUGGCAGUCAGAACUCAUUUGAAGAUAUUUAUGUGAAUGAGGACAAAGUGGAGACCCAGAGGGCCAGAAGCUUCAAGCAAUCUGAGAGCUCAGGUAUCAACCCUGCAGGGAUGAAAUGUUACAGACUUACUGCAGUGUGUGUGGUGUUGCUGUGUGUUCUACUGCUGAUUGCCGUCACAGUGUUGUGGAUCAAAUUCAACAACCUUAAUACAGAAAAAGACCAGUUACAAACAAGGUGCACCACCCUGACUAAAGAGAAAGACCAGUUACAGACCAGUUACAACACCCUGACUAAAGAAAAAGACCAGUUACAGACCAGUUACAACACCCUGACUAAAGAUAAAGACCAGUUACAGACCAGUUACAACACCCUGACUAAAGAGAAAGAGCAGUUACAGACCAGUUACAACACCCUGACUAAAGAGAAAGACCAGUUACAGAAGCAAAAAGAUGAAUUUCAAAAACAAUAUAUGGAUAUCAACCAAAAGAUGAGACGGACUCUCUUCAACUAUAGUUUCUACUACAUCUCAACUCAAGGAAAGAGUUGGACUGAGAGCAGACAGGACUGCAGAGAGCAAGGUGCAGACCUUGUGAUCAUAAACAACAGAGAGGAACAGGAGUUCAUCAAUAAAUUGCUGUGUAACAGAAAAGUUUGGAUUGGUCUGAAUGAUCGAGAGACUGAGGAUAUGUGGAAGUGGGUGGAUGAUACAACACUGACCACUGGGCACUGGGGACAAGGAGAACCCAACGGUCGUGAAAUAAAUGAGGACUGUGUUCUAACAGGUGAUAGGAUUAAUCUUUUCAACAACUGGGCUGAUUAUCCCUGUGAUGAUCAGUUUAUUGGGAUCUGUGAGAAGACGAGCUUUAACUGA